GCAUCGGUUUAGGAGUCGAAAGGUUUUGUUCUAGGGUUUUCUAGCGGUGGUAGGGUUUUCAGAUCUAGGGUUCUCACGUCCGCCGCCCAUCGAUUUCGUUGUAGAUUCGUGGUUGCAGGUCGUCUUUCGUUCGUUUUUCAGUAAUCAUGCCGGGUAACCCAGAUUGCAGUGUUUAUAUAGGUAACUUGGAUGAGAGGGUGAAUGAUAGAGUUCUGUAUGAGAUUCUCAUACAGGCAGGACAUGUAAUAGACCUGUAUAUACCUCAAGAUAAGGAAACCAACCGUCCCAAGGGUUUUGCAUUUGCGGAAUAUGAAAACGAAGAGAGUGCAGGUUAUGCUGUCAGGCUUUUCUCAGGCCUUGUUUCUCUUUACAAUAGAACAUUGAAAUUUGCGAUUUCUGGGCAAGAUAAGCCCCCACAAAACUCUGCUAGUCCUAUGGUGCUUGCGUCGAACUCGCCUCCUAUACCCAGGUCACAGCCCAUGCAACUAAAUAACAGCGAAAUUUCCGAACAGGCAGCUCAGUUGUUGACACCAUGCAGGUUUUCAGCAUAUACCCAAUCAGUUUCUCCUGGGUUUUCAGCUUACCCCCUAUCAAUUUCUCCAAGUUAUCCUCAAGGUGGCCCACUCAUCAUGCAUGCCUCAGGUAUAUUUUGACUACAGUGAUCGAAUUGCCUCAAAGAGCUUUGCUACAGCAGCACGAACGCACCAGGUUGAUCUUGUAUAUACCACACGUGCCAUCAUAGCUGUUUACACAUGGCUAGAUGAGAUUGCCCAUAAGAUGCCAUGUGGAAACAAUAUACACCUUACAAUCAAGACAAACGUUAAAGGUAAGAAGCUAGAGUUUUGUUUGUGAUCGUGCAAUAGCACUUUACCGUGCGGGUUUGACCACUCACACAUGUGCAAGUUUAUAAAUAUUCAUUUAUUCUCUCAUUCGAAACAUCAGAACAAAAGGAGCAUAGGAGAGAUCAAAAAGAACACCCUGGUCCAUAGCUCAAGUGGUAGACUGAGUAAAAGAUACCUCGUUUCAACACUGAGGUCGAGGUCUUGGUGUCGUUUCCCAAGUGGGGUUGGCUAACAGUGAAGUGUGAACUGACAGUGUUGUGUACUAACAACCUAACAGGAAAAAAAGAAGAAAGAAGACAUUCAAGAGUAAGCCAAGAUGGUAGGAAGGAAAGAAGAUGAACUUUUUAACGAAGUAAGAGUCUAAUGUGAAGAGCUUCUAAUGCAUGUUACAAGAUUAGAAUAGUAAAAAGAGAGUUACAUGAUUAUUAGAUCUUUCCUAACGUGCUGAAUGUGAUGGACUAUACUUAUAUUGAGGAUAAAGGAGAACAUGAUAUUGUAAGGCUACAGCCUCUCCUUCAUGCCAAAAUAAUUAUACACAUCUUUUAGCUUUACAUUGCC